GCUGUGGGGAGGGGGAAUGUCCUUGCAGAAUCAUUUCCACCAGAAGCUGAGGCUCGCCCCCGAAGUCUUCCAUCCGCUAGGGGCCGCUGUAGGAAACACUAGGCUUCCUUUCACGCGUCCCUCUUGGACCCUGCGAAGCCAUUGCCCGGAGCUAAGAUGGCGGCGUCGGUGGCUGCUGCCGCCGGGAGGCUGCGGCGAGCCAUCGGGAGGUCGUGCCCAUGGCAGCAGUUCUCAACCGAGUCCCGUCCACCCCACGGAGCGGCCGUGCGGGACGCCUUCCUGAGCUUCUUCCGGGAUCGCCAUGGCCACCGGCUGGUGCCCUCCGCCUCCGUGAGGCCGCGCGGCGACCACAGCCUGCUUUUCGUCAACGCCGGCAUGAACCAGUUCAAACCCAUCUUCCUGGGCACAGUGGAUCCACGAAGUGAGAUGGCAGGCUUCCGACGUGUUGCUAAUAGCCAGAAAUGUGUGAGGGCCGGAGGGCGCCACAAUGACCUGGAGGACGUGGGCCGAGAUCUCUCGCAUCAUACCUUCUUUGAGAUGCUUGGCAAUUGGGCUUUUGGGGGUGAAUAUUUUAAGGAAGAGGCUUGUAGCAUGGCCUGGGAACUGCUGACUCAGGUCUAUGGCAUCCCUGAGGACAGGUUAUGGGUCUCCUACUUUGGUGGUGACUCCAAGACAGGGCUGGACCCAGACCUGGAGACCAGAGACAUCUGGCUUAGCUUGGGAGUGCCUGCCAGCCGCAUGCUUUCCUUCGGACUGCAGGAGAACUUCUGGGAGAUGGGAGACACCGGGCCUUGUGGGCCUUGUACUGAGAUCCACUAUGAUCUGGCUGGGGGAGUGGGAGCCCCCCAGCUGGUAGAGCUUUGGAAUCUGGUCUUCAUGCAGCACAACAGAGAGGCAAAUGGAAACCUGCAGCCGCUGCCCCAGAGACACGUGGACACAGGAAUGGGCCUGGAAAGGCUGGUGGCUGUGCUGCAGGGCAGAUGUUCCACCUAUGACACUGACCUCUUCUCUCCACUGCUCAGCGCCAUACACCAGGGCUGCAGUGUGCCCCCUUACUCUGGCCGGGUAGGGGCAGCAGAUGAGGGACGCAUAGACACGGCGUACCGAGUCAUAGCCGAUCACAUCCGCACGCUCAGUGUCUGCAUUGCCGAUGGUGUCUACCCAGGGAUGUCAGGUGCCCCGCUAGUUCUUCGCCGGAUUCUCCGUCGAGCUGUGCGCUUCUCCACAGAGGUCUUGCGGGCACCGCCUGGCUUUCUAGGCAGCCUGGUGCCAGUGGUGGUGGAGACAUUGGGAGCCGCUUACCCAGAACUUGAGAAGAGCUCAGUCCAGAUAGCCAGCCUGGUGUCCGAGGAUGAGGCAGCCUUCCUGGCCUCCCUGCAGCGAGGCCGUCGGAUCAUCGACCGCACCGUUAAGCGCUUGGGGCCUUCUGAUUUGUUCCCUGCUGAGGUGGCCUGGUCAUUGUCACUGUCUGGAAACCUGGGGAUUCCGCUGGACCUGGUGGAGUUAAUGCUGGAGGAAAAGGGGGUGCAGCUGGAUGCUGCGGGACUGGAAGAGCUAGCCCAGAAGGAGGCUCAGCACCGGGCCCAGCAGGCAGAGCCAGUUCCGGAGGAAGGACUGUGUCUUGAUGUCCACGCACUGGAGGAGCUGCACCGUCAUGGGGUACCCCCAACUGAUGACAGCCCCAAGUAUAACUACUCUCUUCGACCCAACGGGGAAUAUGAAUUUGGCCUCUGUGAGGCCCAAGUACUACAGCUGUAUUCAGAGGAUGGGACGGCUGUGACCUCUGUGGGGGCAGGCCAGCGCUGUGGCCUCCUGUUGGACAGAACCAACUUCUACGCUGAACAAGGGGGCCAGGCUUCAGAUCGUGGCUACUUUGUUCGUACAGGUCAGCAGGAUGUAUUGUUCCCUGUGGCCCGGGCGCAGGUCUGUGGGGGCUUCAUCCUGCAUGAGGCAGUGGCCCCCGAGUGCUUAGAGGUGGGGGAUCGAGUGCAGCUGUAUGUGGACAAGGCCUGGCGAAUGGGAUGCAUGGUGAAGCACACGGCCACCCACCUGCUGAGCUGGGCACUUCGGCAGACCCUCGGACCCACCGCCGAGCAGCGGGGCUCCCAUCUCAACCCUGAGCGGCUGCGCUUCGAUGUGGCCACCCAGGCCCCACUGACCGCAGAGCAGCUCCGGACGGUAGAGAACCACGUGCAGGAGGCUGUGGGGCAGGAUGAGGCCGUGUACAUGGAGGAGGUACCCCUGGCACGCACAGCUCACGUCCCUGGACUCCGCUCACUGGAUGAGGUGUACCCAGACCCCGUGAGGGUAGUGUCGGUGGGUGUUCCUGUGGCCCAGGCACUGGCACCGGCCUCCCAGGCCGCACUGCAGACUUCGGUGGAGCUCUGCUGCGGCACGCACCUGCUACGUACCGGGGCCGUGGGGGACCUGGUGAUCAUUGGGGAUCGGCAGCUGGUCAAGGGCAUCACUCGCCUACUAGCCGUCACUGGGGAGCAGGCCCAACAGGCCCGAGAGGUGGGCCAGAGCCUGUCCCAGGAAGUGGAGGCAGCCAGGGAGCGACUGAGUCGGGGAAUCCGGGACCUGCCAGAGGCUCAUCGGUUAUCUAAGGACAUAGGACGUCUCACUGAGGUCAUAGACUCCGCUGUGGUGCCUCAGUGGCAGCGGCAGGAGCUCCAGACCACACUGAAGAUGCUGCAGCGCCGUGCCAACACCGCCAUCCGGAAACUGGAGAAGGGCCAGAAAAAAUCCCAGGAGCUGUUGAAGCGGCACUCAGAGGGGCCUCUGAUUGUGGACACUGUCUCGGUUGAGUCCCUCUCAGUGCUGGUAAAGGUGGUACGGCAGCUGUGUGAAAAGGCCCCCAGCAUGUCCGUGCUGCUGCUCAGCCCCCAGCCCAGGGGCGGCGUACUCUGUGCCUGCCAGGUGGCCCAGGGUGCCACGCCCACCUUCACAGCAGAAGCCUGGGCACUGGCGGUGUGCAGCCACAUGGGAGGCAAGGCUUGGGGCUCUCGAGUGAUAGCCCAGGGUACUGGACACACUGCUGACCUGGAGGCUGCCCUCGGGACAGCCCGAGCUUACGCACUCAACCAGCUCUGACCAGGCCCACCAGGACCCAAAGGAAUCAGAGGCGAGCAUCUGGAGCCCUCAUGGAGCCUCCUGGCCUUCCUGGAGGCUGGGGCAGAGGACCAGGUGUCUGAGCCGAAGAGGGACACCUGGGCCACUUGACACCAGGAGACUAGAGGAAACAGAAGAGGACUGAGAAGCAGCCACCCCAACAAAUGUGACGACCUGGGCUGUUGUAGCUGAGGGUGCCUAUUAAAGGUAUUUCAUGGGGCUGGA